AUGCUCACAUUUUACUACGUUAAAUGAAGGUUUUAUUUCUACCAGACCUUAGUGAUUGCUGGAGUGUAUUAGAACAACCAAGGCAGAAGGCAAAAAAUUGUUUUUGAUUAAUUAAAGGUAACUUAGCUGGGCUUAGUUUGGUGAAAGAGAGAAACUCAGAAGGUGUAGGUUGUAUGAAUCUGUUUAAUAUGGAAAAUAUAUUAAUGUUAAGCACCUUAGAAGGCUACUGCUUCUAAUGGUGAUCUACUGGAACUCUUUGCAUUUGUGUAUAUUUAGAACUUAGAACGUAAUUCCAGUUAAAUAAUAUUUCAUGUUCACAAGCUAAUUUUCUCUGGUUUGUACAGCAGGAUGCAGUACUGUUACUUUAAUAUAAGACUGAGGACAAACAAGUGAUCCAUUUAUGAAUAGCGCGUGAUCUGUGCAGAAGUAAUUUUAAAAGGGGUAAAAUUAAGACCAAUUGACCUAUAAAAUCCAUCUCUUAUGGAUAUAUAAGCUUUGGGCAUCCUGCUGCUCCUUCAUCAAUGCACUAUAUUCUGUGACCUUAGUAAUUAUCCAACUUAGUGAGAAUAGCUAUGACAAUUACAUUAUCUAUAUAUACAGAUUUGUUUAUUACUUAAUACUCCAUGUUCUCUGAAAACUAUUGCAGCAAACAUGAUGGAGAGAAGGAGGAGAAAGACUCCUGAACAGGAUGCCAUGGACCACAUCAUUUUGGGCAGAGAUAAAUCUUUUCUACAAGAAAAAUUUAUUGACUCAUUCAAAGGGAGAGGUGUUUUUACACUGGAUUACAUCGCACCAUCCACUUUUGUGAUGGAGUACCGUGGAACUCUAUCACAAUGUGCAGGUCUAGAUGCUGCAAAUAAUCCCUUUGUGUUUGAUUUCAUCUGGAAUGGAACACGCCAUUGCAUAGACGCUUCGAAAGAGGAUGGAACCCUUGGACGACUGGCAAAUGAUGACCACAUAAACCCCAACUGCAGAGUAAAAAGAAUUACUGUCAAAGGAAGGCCACACUUGUGCCUGUUUGCUGUGAAAGCGAUAUUUCCAGGCGAGGAGAUAACAUACAACUAUGGGGAUUCUUGUUGGCCAUGGCGCUCAAUGGCACCCUGCAUUGAACUGUCCAAUCCUGAGCCCAAGCAAGUGGUUCCAGCCUUGGCAGAAAAAGAAAUGGCACCCUGCAUUGAACUGUCCAAUCCUGAGCCCAAGCAAGUGGUUCCAGCCUUGGCAGAAAAAGAAAUGGCACCCUGCAUUGAACUGUCCAAUCCUGAGCCCAAGCAAGUGGUUCCAGCCUUGGCAGAAAAAGAAAUGUGCCACCAUGAAUUCACAAGUGCAUCUAUCUCGGCUUUGGAUUGUUGUCAAGACUGCUCAGGACCAGUAUCAAGUCUAAAAUGGCUUGGUUGGACAUGUAAAUUAUGUUCAAGGUCAUGGCACAAAACCUGCUACCUCAAGAAUAAUUCGGCACUGGUGAAGGAUGUUGAGCCCUUCAGUGAUGAAGGAUCCAUCUGUGAUAAAGACUAUGUUCCUGACUCUUCACCAAGUCGUGAGGACUCAAGCUCUGAUUUUGCAAUUCAAGAUGCAUAUUCUUCAUGUAGUGAUAGUGAUGUUAGCCUUUCCAUCAAUCCUAAACCACCACAUUGCAAGACUGCUCCAACUCUGUCUAUGGAGACCACAAAGAGUGUGCCACCACUCAGGAACUAUGUUGAACCUGAGGCGGCUUCCAACUCUGACAAAGUUAGUGUUGAUGAAGACCUCAUACCUGACAGUGCAUCCUAUUCUGAUCAUGAACCCACUACAAGCAGUACUCAGAGGCUUGGACGCAGAGAAGUUACCGGAACAGAGUCUUCUUGUUCUGAAGAGGGGGACAGGAAUGAGACUGAGCUAAGCUCUGAAGUGUCUUCUUGCACCCACAAAAAUUACUGUUUUGUUUGCAAGAAACCUCAGUCAAAAAUAGCUCGUCACCUAAAAAAUCACGAAAAGGAAGAGCCUGAUAUUGCUCGAGCAUUUUUGCUCCCUAAACAUUCUAAAGAGAGAAAGAAAUUACUUGAGGUGCUCCGCAACAAAGGUAAUUACGAACAUAAUCGAGAUGUUAUGGGUAAUCAACGUGGAGCACUGAAACUGAAACGACGACCAGGAAAAUCAAACAGCUCUGUGAAUGCAAAAACAUAUGUGCACUGUGUUUAUUGCAAAGGUUUGUUUGUUCGCAAAGAGCUAUGGCGCCAUUUACGUCGAUGCCCUUCAAAGAAGCACACUGAAGACACUGGCACGGCCCAGGUCUUAGCUCUGGCUGAUGUUGCAGACUCAACAUUCUCCCAAGCAAUUUCUCCUGGAGUUUGGAAGAUCCUGGGAAAUAUGAAACAAGAUGAGGUAGCAUCUGUCGUUCGAAAUGAUUUCCUCAUACUGCAAUUGGGUCAGUCUCUCUACAACAAGCAUGGAAGUGAUUCAACGAAAUUUGAAUACAUCAGACAGAAGGUUCGGGAGAUGGGCAGACUGUUGUUGAGCUUGAGAAAAAAAUGUUCCAUCUUUAGUUUUGAAGAUGCUGUCAAGCCAAACAAUUUUUACAAAGUUAUUGAGGCUGUCAAAGACGUUGCUGGUUACGAUGAAGAGAAACACUCCUACCGCACACCAAGUCUUGCCCUGAAAUUAGGGCAUUCGCUAAAGAAGAUUGGUGACAUUAUCCUCUGUAGGGCUAUUGCAGCAGAAGAUGAAGAGAUGAUGAAGGUAUCGGAGCGAUUCACAAAACUAUGCUCUAAGGAAUGGUCAGAACUUGUCUCCCACAAUGCUCUUUCUACUUUGAGCAAAGCCAAGUUCAAUAAACCAUCAACCAUACCAUUCACACAGGAUGUGCAGCUUCUCCAUCAGCACCUGGAAAAGAAAUCGGCUGAUGCUGUUGAAGAUCUGAAAAAGCACGAGUCUCCACAGACGUAUACUGAGCUUGCCAGAGUGACGCUUGCUCAAAUAAUUGUCUUCAACAGACGUCGUGCUGGCGAAGUCUCAAAAAUGACACUUGAGUCUUUCAAGAAAAGAGACCAGACUGAGCUACAUGAGGAUAUAGCCGUUGGCCUCUCCCCCUUUGAGCAAAAACUGGCCAAGCACUUCAGCAGGGUAGAAAUGUUGGGCAAACGAGGGAGAAAAGUGGCUGUUUUGUUAAACCCUGAAGUAGUCAGUGCAACAACACUUCUUGCAGACAAAAGAGACUCGUGUAAUGUGCACAGGGACAAUCCCUUCCUAUUUGGAAAGCCAAGGUGCCCCCCUUCAAGCUACUAUAGAGGACAGGACUGCAUCAGGGGUUUUGCAAGUCGUUGUGGUGCAAAGAAUCCUGAAUAUCUUAAGUCCACACAUCUUCGAAAGCACGUUGCAACAUUGUCCCAGAUUCUCAACCUCAAAAAUAAUGAGCUUGACCAACUAGCCAACUUUUUGGGCCAUGAUAUUCGGGUCCACAGAGACUUCUAUCGGCUGCCAGAGGCAACUAUCGAAAUGGCAAAAAUCUCAAAGCUUCUUCUGGCAAUGGAGAAAGGAUCUCUUGGAAGAUUCCAAGGAAAAUCUCUUGACGAGAUUGAGAUUGAAGAUGAAUUGGAUCCGGAAACAAUUGGAGAGGAAGAUCCAGACGACGAUGACGAUGACGGUGACGAUGAUGGAGAUGGUGAAAAGUCUCAUCCUGUCCUUGGAUUAAGAGGAAAACGAAAAACGAUGACAUCAUCCCAGGAUGAAACAAAGAAUUCAAAGGGAAAGAGAAGUCACCUGGAAACCAGAGGUGAGGUCACCAGCUCCAAAGAGGUUCGAAGAAGAUACAUAAAAAAGUCAUGGAGCAAAAUGGAAGUGUCUGCAGUGAUGAAACACUUCAAGGCCCACAUUUUGAAGGGACACUUGGCCACAAAAAUGGAGUGUGAGCAGUGCAAGCUUGCCGAAGACCAUAUUUUAAAAGGAAGGACUGUACAAAACAUUAGAGACUUUGUAAGGAACAGGGGACGCAUGUCCACAAAGGGAAAUUUAGUUUGAGGGAAUAUGUCCAAGAAACCUCUUUAAGCACCUGUUAAGAGUACAACUUUUGAGAAAAAUGUACAGUUCCCUUUUCAGUAAAAUGUUGUUACUGCGACUUUUGAAGCAGUAGAGUUCACUGCACUUGUUACUGCGUCUUUUGAAGCAGUAUAGUUUACUGCACAUGUUACUGCGUCUUUUGAAGCAGUAUAGUUCACUACACUUGUUACUGCGUCUUUUGAAGCAGUAUAGUUCACUGCACUUGUUACUGCGUCUUUUGAAGCAGUAGAGUUUACUGCACAUGUUACUGCGUCUUUUGAAGCAGUAUAGUUCACUGCACUUGUUACUGCGUCUUUUGAAGCAGUAGAGUUUACUGCACAUGUUACUGCGUCUUUUGAAGCAGUAGAGUUUACUGCACAUGUUACUGCGUCUUUUGAAGCAGUAUAGUUCACUGCACUUGUUACUGCGUCUUUUGAAGCAGUAGAGUUUACUGCACAUGUUACUGCGUCUUUUGAAGCAGUAUAGUUUACUGCACAUGUUACUGCGUCUUUUGAAGCAGUAGAGUUUACUGCAUCUUUUGAAGCAAUACUUAAGCAGAUAUAUAUAUUGCCAAUAUGUAAUGUUUGAUAAUGGUAUACAUUACAAUAAAUGUAUUUUCAUAUAAAGGCUGUCUAAUUUCGUGGUGGGGAGGGGCCCUGAUAAACACACGUAUUUGUAUAUAGCCAUCCAUCCCCAGGAUGGUCCUCAUAACCAAGGGUCUGGUCAUGUCGGUGUAUGUGUACUGGUAAUGUCCUGUUAAACCAGGAUGGUCCUCAUAACCAAGGGUCUGGUCAUGUCGGUGUAUGUGUACUGGUAAUGUCCUGUUAAACCAGGAUGGUCCUCAUAACCAAGGGUCUGGUCGUGUCGGUGUAUGUGUACUGGUAAUGUCCUGUUAAACCAGGAUGGUCCUCAUAACCAAGGGUCUGGUCGUGUCGGUGUAUGUGUACUGGUAAUGUCCUGUUAAACCAGGAUGGUCUUCAUAACCAAGGGUCUGGUCACGUUUGUGUAUGUGUACCGGUAAUGUUCUCAUAAAUAAGGGUGGUCUUUAUAAGUCACCUUCAUGAUAGGAUCCGCCCCCAUCCCGCCCCGUCCCCACAGUCCUGUAGAAUGUCGAGUCUUCAGAUCUCCUGACUCUUUCACCAGAAAUUAAUUCUGAACAGUAGGCUUCGUUUCCUACAUCACGAGGACCAUUUUGAUAGUUCUUAGAUCUCUCUGGGACAAAGGGAAAGGUGUGUACCCAUAAACCAUGGUUUGAGCAAGUACGGGGAAAAUGUCCUGACAAACCACUUUUGCCCGUAUGUGUGUGUGUGUGUGUGUGUGUGUGUGUGUGUGUGUGUGUGUGUGUGUGUGUGUGUGUGUGUGUGUGUGUGUGUGUGUGUGUGUGUGUGUGUGUGCGUGGUUUUGAGGGGCUUAGUGACGGUGUCACAACAAGGAAUUCAAGCAGUUGUUGUCAGAAUGACUCCUUCCCGGCCUGUCUGGUGUCUGGGAG